CCGCGCGCCGCCGAGCGUCCACGCGGAAGGCGAGCCCGCGCUGGGGCUGAGCAUGCGCAGUCCGGCCCCCGCUGCCCCCUGCCCGGCCGAGCGCCUUGCAGGCGGUGCUGCACAGCGUGUGCAACCUUAUGCCUGGCCAAGCUGAAUCCUGGAAUAUUCUCUCCUCCGGAUUAUGCUUGCAGUAGAGUUGGGACAUUCGUGAUCUAAAUCCGGUGUGUUGUGCGUAGCCAGCGGAGGAAGAUGUCCAUGGAAAUAACGUUCCUGGGGACGGGCUCAGCCUACCCCUCGCCCACCCGGGGAGCCUCCGCCGUGGCCUUCCGUUACGAAGGAGAGUGUUGGUUAUUCGACUGCGGGGAGGGAACCCAGACCCAGUUUAUGAAAAGCCAUCUCAAAGCAGGGAGAGUUUCCAAGAUCUUCGUCACUCAUCUUCACGGGGACCAUGUGUUUGGCCUACCCGGGCUCCUCUGCACCAUCAGUUUACAGAGCAGCCCCACGGUCAGCAGACAGCCCGUCGAAAUCUACGGGCCGGAAGGGCUCCGGGACUUCGUGUGGCGAGCCUUGGCGCUCUCUCGCUCGGAGCUCGUCUUCCCCUACGUCGUGCACGAGCUGGUGCCCACGGCAGAUCAGUGCCCCGAGGGGGAGUUGAAAGAGCCGUCCUACCUGAACCCCUCGAAUGACAACCCCUCUAAAGAAGCGCAAGGGAGGACUAUCCGCCUGGACCCCGAGGAAGGCUCUUACCUCUUGGUGGAAAACGAACACUUCGUGGUAAAAGCGUUUCGUCUCUUUCACCGUAUACCGUCCUUCGGCUUUUCCCUGGAGGAGAAGGAGCGUCCCGGAAGACUCAAUGCUCAGAAAUUAAAAGACCUCGGUGUCCAGCCGGGCCCUGCGUAUGGAAAACUAAAAAAUGGAACUGCCAUCGUUCUGGAAAACGGACUUACGGUCUCCCCUCGGGACGUCAUGGAAGAGCCCGUCCCCGGCAGAAAGAUUUGCAUCCUGGGGGAUUGCUCCGGGCCCGUGGGAGACGGAGGGGUGAAACUGUGCCGGGAAGCCGACCUGUUGGUUCACGAAGCUACCUUGGAUGAUAGCCAGAUGGCCAAAGCUAGAGAGCACGGCCAUAGCACCCCCCUCGUGGCCGCAGAGUUUGCAAAGCUUUGCGGAGCGAAGAAGCUGGUCCUAACUCACUUCAGUCAGCGGUAUAAACCGACGGCCCUGGCUGGAGAAGGAGAAACGGAUGAUGUUCAAGAACUAAAAAGGCAAGCGGAAUCGGUGUUGGAUUUCCAAGAAGUUACACUAGCGGAGGAUUUUAUGGUGAUUGACAUUCCAGUGAAAAAAACGAAACCAGGCUUACCUGAACGCACAGUGACGUGCGGUUGUGUAACCGAGCCUGCCCUGGGGGAUUUCUAGUCAAAAUUAUUUGGGGGCCCAGGAAUCCCAGCAAGGGUGGGGCCGCAUUAGUGAAGCGGCCUACAUGGCCUCGGUGGAAUCGGACAGAGCGUCUCCUUUAGAACGGGCACCUUUCUUCAAGACCCAGAUCAACUAAGCGAUGGCUUGGAUCGGCGUAUACCAGCCGCUGACUUGGGCUUGACCCCCUGGCCACCCUUGGCUCCGAGCUCAGAUCCUUGCAGAACUUCACUGCUGGAACCACCGGGCCACAUAUAUUUUUUAAAAUAUUUACAUUUAAACACUUUAAAUAUGAAAAUUUUUCACACACACACACACACACUUCAGCUAAAGGAGAUCUAGACUUAGUCAUUCAUCUGCCCUGAGGUUGGUCAACCUAAUGACAGACUAAGCCGAUCCAGGGCGGUGGGAAAAGAGGGGAGAAAAGUAUUCUUUGCAUAGGCCUGGGGGGGGACUAUACAACGUACGAACUCUUAAAAUGUAGUACGAGUUUGAGCCAGAUGUCUCAGUCUGCAGAGUGUUCAACUGGCCUUUCCAUUUAGUUCCAAAGUUCAGUAGCACGCGAAAGCUACCGAAAGAUAUAAAAACCUUUGAAAUCCCACCGCUGAAUCCGCGUAGUGCCCGUCUCUGGAAUAGGCGUUUUUCAGGUGCGAAACUGCGGCACCAGAAGAAGUGUAACGCCUAAUGGUUUUAAAGGUCCUGCGUCUGUCUGAAGUGCCCGUUUACCUGUUUUCUGUUUUUAGCAAACAUCCAGUAUUGUUUGCGGCAUUUAUUGACUGAGGAUCAAGCGGUGUUCAAACUCGACCCAGGUAUUCUGUUGCCAUAUCCUGGCAGACAACCAAAAAUGCCAGGUUAGUGUGGGAAGCUCUAGCCGACUGUUGGUAAGACCCCAGGGAACCCGGGUGGGUUAACCCAUCACAGGGACACGUGGGCCAACCUGGAAUGGGAAUAGCUCCAGAGUUGGCUGCGUUUCCGGGGACGGAGAUCGGCCUGAUCCGUAGCCUGAGCUGCAAGUGGUAUUUCGGCACCUGGACUUUUUCAUUCCGGCAUUUUUGCACCUGAAAACGAAUUCUUGACCGAGGACCGGAGGGGAAGAGAAAGACGUAAGAACGCUCACAUGUGGUGCCCAUUGACUGCGGUGACAGAAAUCCCAUUCUAGAUGGAGUUCUCUUUAAGAGCUUCCGGAAGAAAUAAAAUUGUUUUUAAUUGCCCUUUAUUACCGUUAUUAGUAAGAGCAUUAUUUUGCGUUGUAAUUGCUUUAACCCGGAAGGAUACUAACUAAAGAAGAUUCAUUCAUUCACUCAGUGGUAUCUAUUGAGUGCUUUAUUACUGUUAUUAAUGAUAGCAUUUUUUUGUGUUGUAAUUGCUAACCAGGAAAGAUACGGUAACUGAAGAAGAUUCAUUCAUUCAUUCA